UCAGUAUCAAUAAAAACUGUUACAUUUUGAUUUGAAGCAGAAAUGCAUAAAUUAAUAAUUUGUAUUUUCCUUGCCACAAUGGUAUGGCAAAUCAAAGCUCAAAAGUUAUCUGGUGAAGAUUUUGCAAAAGCUGUAGAGAUACUUAAAAAUGGCCUAAGUCAAUUGAGUGAAAAAGAUGGUCCUCAUUUAACUCUAAGUGCUGUAGAAGUUGCCUUUAAAUUUAUACCCCACAUCAUUUAUAAUUUUGAUACGGAACUUUUACUGCCAACUGGUAAUUUCGAUUUAUGUACGGUGGAAGUUUCAUUAAGUCAACUUAAUGAAAAACAAACUUUAGUUGUAAUCAAUUGUGGCGGCAUGGAAAAGGUUAGAAAAGUUUUACCUGGAACCAUUGAAGUUUAAAUAAAAUUAACUUGAAAUAUGAGAAAUAAAUAUUUUAAUCAAUUAGAUUAUAAUAAAAUUGUAUACUUACAAAUAUUUGUAUUAAUUGUAAAA